AUGGAACGAAACUCUUCCAACUCUGCCACAGCCUGUUAUGCGUGCAGGUUGCGAAAAUACAAAUGCUCUAAGGAACGGCCAACAUGCCAGCUGUGCUGGCCAAAAAACCGACCCUGUCUAUAUAGCGGCAAGGCUGUCCGAUCUCCACUUACUCGAGCAUAUCUCACCUCGGUAGAAAACCGAUUACAAAAAUUGGAGAGCCUUUUCGCGCAACGUUUUCCCGGUGUCGACUCAGAACAGGAGCUGCAGUCGAUCCCGAACGUGGGGAUGAAGCAAGAACCUGUGCUGGAGACUGCCGCUACGGCCAGUCCUCAGAUGGAGCGAGACGCCGGACAUCAGAAAAUGCUGUCUGAAUCUCUGCCUGAUGAAGCUGAUGGGUUCGAGUGGAAGGAAGACACUACUGAACUUUCUGGACUGACUGACGGCAUGGCGGCUCUCUCAGUCGAGCCUACAGGCACUGGAUACUUGGGAUCGACGUCUGGUGUUGUCUUCUUGAGAUUUCUGCUACAAUGGACGAAAGAUCUACACAUCAAUGUCGGCCCGUGGAGGCCGAUGUCGUCUCCUGGUGGCAGCAUUGAUAGACCCUCGCCGGUGUCACAAGGCCUAGGCAUGGCAGUUUCACACCAACUCAUAAGCUCCACCCUUGAUGCCUACUUUGCGAACUAUCACACCGCCUAUCCCUUUCUUCACGAGCCGACCUUCAGAGCUCAAUAUGCUGAGCUGGUGCAAAGACCUGAUGAUCGGACAUGGCACAUUUUGCUUUACACGGUUUUGGCACUCGGGGCCUGGACCGUCUGCGAAGACAGUGGCGACCUCGACGACGUCUUCUACCAAAAAGCCUGCUCAUACUUGCACGAUCAGUCGAUAUUCGAAUCUGCAAGUCUUUCCACCGUCCAAGCAUUAGUACUCUUGAGCAACUACACACAGAAGCGUAACAAACCCAACACGGGAUGGAAUUAUCUUGGACUGGCUGUGCGCAUGGCCCUCUCUCUUGGUUUACAUCGAGAACUUCCGGAGUGGAAUAUCAGCCUGCUUCAACGAGAAAUGAGACGGAGAGUGUGGUGGGGUCUGUUCAUCUUUGACAGUGGAGCGUCCAUCACCUUCGGAAGGGCGAUACUGCUCCCCGAACAGAGUAUGAUUGAUGUCAAGCUGAUCUUGAAUCUAUUGACGCCGAUGACGUCCCAAGUCCCCCACGAGGUUGAGCAACCCACAAUCUACUCAAGCCUCAAAGCUCAAUCUGAGCUCCAUCUAGCAGCCAACGGCAUGUCUAAUCGCCUGUUGUGCACACCCUCCAUUUCCGCCAGCGAAGCUCUGGUCUUCAAUAAGCAACUCACUGGCUGGGCGGCAACAGUUCCAGAUUAUCUGCGCCUCGACCAGCCUAAAGCAGCUUCGUUCGACUGGUAUUUGUUCGCUCGGUCGAAGCUAUGGUGGCGAUACUGGAACAUGCAAAUAAUUUUGUUCAGGCCCAUCAUCUUGCAAGCAGCAAUGGAGCAGAUCCAAGGAAAGCAUUCUUUUCCGUCAGAAUAUCAAGAAUGCAAAAGGCUUUGUCUUGAAGCUGCCCACCAAACGACCGUGACGAUUCAGGAAUACAUGGAUCAACAUUCGCUUGUUAGAUUGGCGGCAUGGUACACCCUAUAUUUUCUGUUCCAUGCAGCUCUCAUUCAUGCGGUCUGCCUGUGCGCCGAACCCCAGUCACCCUUUGCCACCAACUGGCAAGCCGAUCUCGAGGCGACACGCACACUGUUGUCGACGACAUUCUCUCGCAACCAACUCGCCUCUCGCAUUUUGCAGGUGCUGGACCGCCUGAUACCUGGGGUGACGUUUCAGGAUGAAACAUUGGCAGGCGGCAACAUCGAAUCUGGCGUGAUGGAUUUCUCGAUGUGGCCGUUGGGGACUGAUGAUCCGCUCAGUGCCUUUGGCUGGCCGGAGUAUGGUACGGGUGGAUGA